GCGAUCAAGCAGAUGUCCAAGCGGCGCAUCGUCGACAAGAAGCAGGUCGCGCACGUCCGAGACGAGCGCGAGCUGCUCAGCACGGUGCGCCACGGCAACAUUUUGGGCCUCUACGGCGCCUUCCAGGACCGGGACCACGUCUACCUCAUCACCGAGCUCGUCGAGGGGCCCGACCUCUGGUCCGUGCUCUACGACCCCGACGAGGCGGGCUUCGAGGACCACUCGCCGCUCUGCGACGCCAGCGAUUCCCUGCUGCGGCACUACUGCGCCUGCGUGGCCGAGUGCCUCUUCCACCUGCACGCGCGGGGCAUCGUCUACCGCGACCUCAAGCCGGAGAAUCUGAUGGUCGCGCGGAACGGCUACCUGAAGCUCGUGGACUUUGGGUUCGCGAAGCGGCUGCCCUACUACCGCACCGACGCCGACGAGGCGGAGCUCACGGCCCACUUCAAGACGUACACGAUGUGCGGCACCGCGGAGUACAUCUCGCCGGAGAUCAUCAACGGGAGCGGCCACGACUGGUCCGCGGACGUCUGGGCCGCCGGCUGCUUGUUCCACGAGCUCCUCGUCGGGUCCACGCCCUUC